GUUUGUGAGACUGGAGUGUGUGUUUAACAGUGUUCUCAGGGCAGUUGUGCAUUUGUGUAAGCAGCAGAUGCAAUUACCACACUGUGUCAUAGCUCCUGCACAACUUCCUGAAAAACCCUGAGCACACUUCUUACAGAACACCAGGGAGCAUUUCUCAUGAAGAUCGUGGAUGAUUUGGAGGAUAAAACCUCAGAUCAUGUGCAAACAUUAUGAUGAGAUAAGAAAGUCAAAACGCCGCAGGUGGCGUUUGCUAUGUUUGUUCAAAGCAAAGAUGGGAGCAAGAAAAGGAGGAAAUGAGAAGCAGAGCAGCGCUGGCUGGAUUUCAUCGUGUGACUCCCCAGAGAGAGUGGGCCCUUCUGGCAUUUAUACAUACCUCAUAAUUUACAGCAGAAACACUAAAGAUUCUACGAGCAUAAAAGGAGCUAGGUCAUGAUCAGCAGCAGGACAGGCAGGCUUGUGAAAGGGGGCGCAAGCAUCUGCAGGGCGUCUCCAGCCGUGCCUCCGCUCUGGAUCCCUGUCCUACUCUGACCUGGAGAGGAGGGGGAAGAGCCCAAGAGUCCCAGAACCCCCACACAGUACAGCUAGUCUGAAUCGGGACAAGGAGCUAUGACGACCUCCACAGGCUCUGACCUCCACCACGAGCUCAAGCCAUUGGAGACGGAUCACAUCCAGAGGGUCUUGAGCAUUGGCUCAGAGCAACAUAUGAGACAGCAAUUCUGUGACAAGCUCUUCCAGCAAGACCUAGAAGCGAUUCUUUCUUCCAGCCACCUGCAGAUCGAACCCAGGAGGCCAGCCCUUGACAGCAUUUCCUCUAUGGAGGUUAACGUGGACUUCCUGGAGCUCACGGACCACAUGGAUAUGUUUGAGCAGGAGGCUCUUGACAUCUUUCUCAGUUCGGGUGGUGAUGAGAGUGACCAGCCCUCCCCCUUGGCAGAUAACACACACACCAAAGAUAAUUUCAAGGAAAGGACCUCUCUGCGAGUACAUGGAGGUUCUGAGUCCAGACCCCCCAUGUUGUCCAUCUCCUCUGCCUCCAUUGACCCUAUCAGUGAGGAAGGGGAGGAGACCCCCACCCAGUCAGAUGAUGAAGAUGAGCACACAGAUGUGUCUUUGCUAUGGGGCAAACCGCCAACUGAUGACAGAAAGAAAGAGGAUCCUGCAUGCCUCAUGUAGCAACAAGACAACUCACCAGAGUCGCUCACCAUCUGUUCAAAGGGUGCUUUCUGCUCCCAGUAGAAGAUGAAGUUAUUAAAGUAUGUUAUUAUUAUUUUUUAUCAUCACAAUAAUGGUAAUACUGAUGGGGAUGCUGAUAAUAAUAACAAUAUGUUUUAAUAAAAUGAAUUUUAAAGCACCUUUAACAGUCAAGCUUAAAUGAAUAGCUUAUUCUUGUAUCUUUUUCUUGUUUGUUUGCAUCUGAUUUUAAUUAAAAAAUAAAUAAAAUAAAAUAGAGGAAACAAUCCUCAUUGUACUUAUUCAUGCAGAUUUACAGGAGCAUUAGAAGCAUGACUAAUAGAAAGUAUUAUGCACUUUUUAUUAUAUUGAUAACAAUACAUAAGAGUUAAUGUAAUCUGAUGUUUUCCAUACAUUAGUUAAAUUUUCAGCGCUGACUAAGGUUGAUAUUUUCAAAAUGAUUAAAUGUGACAAUAAUAAUAAA